AUGGGAGGGUUCGAGUCCCUGGAGGGGCCCGUGAUCCUGGAGGAAGAGCCGGGCCAGGGUCCCUGCCUGGACCUUGCCGUCCCAUCUAAAGCCUUCUGUGCGGGCGGCCUGGCCCCCGGCUGGAACCUGCUGGUCCAGGGACAUGCUGACUCUGGAGAGGACAGGUUCGAGACUAACUUCUUGUUGGAGACGGGGGACAUUGCCUUCCACAUCAAGCCCCGGUUCUCCAGCGCCACCGUGGUGGGCAAUGCCUUCCAGGGCGGCCGCUGGGGCCCGGAGCAGGUGUCUAGCAUCUUCCCGCUGGCCCCGGGGGAGCCCUUUGAGAUAGAGGUCAGCUGGGACGCGGAGCACUUCCACGUCUACGCCCCGGAGCACAAGGUGCUGCAGUUCCCACGCCAUCAGAGGCCGCUGGGCGCCAUCACCAGGGUGCGUGUGCUGAGUGACCACGGCCUGGCCCAGGUGGAGCUGGCCAAGAGGGGCCUGAGCUGGGGGUAAAGUCCCUGCCUCCA